GCGUUCCCGCAGGCUGCCCAACGGUCGGAAACAUGAAUUUUUUUAAGCGUCCACCCCCGGCCGGUGGCUGCAGCAAUUUCGUACGUUGGCGUCUUCCCUCGUGCAACGUGCGUCUCCGGUCGCCGCGAUCGCGACAGCUUGCCGUUGCCGUCUAUCAUAUCUGCAUCCUCGGUCGCGUCCCUGGGAGGAAAUAGAGGCGGCGAACGACGAAGGCGACCGGUAAGAUGGAGAAGGUGCAGACGAAGAGGACGAUGUCCGUAGGGGCUGGCGGGUCGUCACGUCAGCGUUGCAGCUCUGCGGAAGGCGGCAGGCGGCCGUACGACCCGACGCUGUACAGCCACCUGCCGUCCCACGAGAUUCCAUUGCCUCCGAGUGACGACGACAGCGACGACCCCCGAUCCCGAUCAUCAACGGUUCCUCUGGGCAGCGGCUCGCCGCAGGAUUGGAUGGGGAGCCAGCUGUACAGACAGCCCUCGACGCCGACGUACACUGAUCUGCUGGAGGGGCGGAACCCAGUUGGUUAUGACGCAGGGCUCGUAGAUCUCAACUUCGGUUUGAGGUCUGGGAGUGGCCAGGACGUCACGCACACCGUUCUCGUGAACCCGGCUUCUGGCAGCAACCACACAGCGCCUUCGGUGGGGCCGUGGGGCCUUCCUGACACCCGCGGCCGGGGUUCUGGUCAGUCGGGCGACGAACGUGGACUGGUUUCGCGAGGGCGGGGGGCAGUGGGCACAGCAGGUGUUCGCGCGUCGGGGACGAGGACAUGUGGAUCGACAACGGCAGCCGACGCAGUCCACCGAGGACGGGAUGACGAUGACGGCUACGCUGCGGAGGUCGUGGGGCGAGAGGUUUGGGAUGAUUACCGGCGACAAUCGCGUCAAUCUAGCACGUCCGCCAUAACGAGAGGGGUGGCGAAGAUCAAUGUAGGGGCGGACGACACACCCGGCGAUUGUGACGGUGCGGGUGGUGAAGAUUGCUCGGCAGGCGACGGGGGCAAUGACAACGACGAGGACGAGGAUGGGGAGAUGGAGAUUCGUCCGGUGGGGAAGAAACGGGGAGGGCCUAGGGCGACGAGCAAGUCCAGCGAGCCGCGCGCGGGGCGGAGAGGCAAGAAGRGUGCGGGAGAUGCGUCGGCAGGCGACGGAGCGAAAARCAGGGAUUUUUGGACCGUGGAACACAUGAUUGCUCUUGUCCGAGCUAAAAGAGACCAGGAUUUGCAUCUUGCUGGCCUCGGCCACAACAUGGGAAGGAUGAAGACGAAGACAUGGAAGUGGGCCGACAUUGAGAGCAGGCUCGUGCAGAUGGGGGUGACGAUUAGAAAGGCCGACGACCGCGGGAAAAAAUGGGACAACCUGUACAUGCAGUUCAAAAUUGUGCACAAGUUCAUGGGAGAAUCGGGGAAGCCUGAUUUCUUCACACUGACGCCGCGGGAGAGAAAGGAACGGGGGUUCGAUUUUCGGAUGGACGAGCGUGUGUAUUCGGAGAUGAAGGCCAUGUCCAGGGGCGAUCACACUAUACACUCCACGAAUCUGGCGGACACGGGUGCGGCGGGAGGUGUUCAACUGCCCGACCGACCUGGAGAUCGGAACGAUUCAGGCGGUAGUGACGGAUGCGGGGAUGGGCAGGACGACGAUCAGGGAUCGACACGGAAUUCAAGUUUCAGCGGCGGCGGUGCGGGCGGGUGCGGCAAAAGGAAGAAUGUGAGACAACAGACCUUCGACACCAUUGCGGACGUCAUGAAGGAACACGGGAGUCUGAUGGCGACGACGGUGGACAGCGCGAGCAAGAGGCAGUGCUCAAUUCCGACUAGGCAAUGCGACAUUCUCGAGCGAGAGCUAGAAGUGCAGAAGGAGCACUACGUGAAGGCCGACUAGGCGAACCUGUUGAUGUGCAACGCCCUUAUGGAGAUUGCUAAAGCGAUCCGCGAACGAUCAUGAAGUCGA